AACGUGUAAAGAAAAAACUUUAGAAAAAGAAUUAGAAAACGUUCUAUUCUGCGGAAGCUAUUCUUUGCACUCGGACUUUUUAUCUUCAUUUUUUGUGUAAGCAUUUUAAUGUCGAGUUCACUGAUUCUCAUUGAUCUUAUUUUUGUUACAGACUGUUUGUUGUAAAAUCUUCAUAAAUUCAAUAGAUAAAUAAACAUUUAUACACACGAGUAGAGAAAACGCGUGAACACACAUUUUAUAUCUUAUUUGAGCUCUUUUUUUUUUUUUCAACGAUUAAUCUCGUUUGGUGCCACUUUAAAUCAGAAAAUAUAUUAUCAAUUCGUUAGCUAAAAAGUUUUAAUUGCACUUUCGCAAAUCAACUAAAUAAAACAUCUUGAUUGUAUUAAUAAAAAUUAUUGUGAUCAAGAAUCACUGCGCCUAAUGCGUUUCACAUAUUUGCUACUUAAUUGUAAAUUAUUUCGUUCUAACGUUGACUUUUCUGCGCAGUUGUCGUCGAAUCAUCAAUCUAAUGUCAGUUUACUGACAUAAUUCUACUAAAAACCUUAAAAAGAGAAGAUAUUUUAUCUUCACUGAACGGCGAUCUAUUUUGAAAUAGAUUUUCCAAAUUUCAAAAUUUCUUUUCUAACUGUAUAAAAACCGCUCUCGAUUAGUUUUUUUUUUUUCAGAUCAGUUACUAAUCAGACACUGUGCUAAUCAAUUCAAGACAUUCAUAUAACAAUAAUAUAUCGUAAGACUGCGUGAAUAUAUACAAACAUUCUGAAAGUCAUCGAAAUAAACAUCCGCGAGAAGAAACAAUGAUCCUUUCAUGCGCUUAAGCGCUGUAAACAAAAUAUUACGAGGACGUUCGAGUUACAACACACUCACUAAGUUACGUCUGGCAACAUAAUCCGAGGAAUGCAUAGAGAUGGAGAAAAGAGGAGGGAGAGGGUUUCAUCUUCAUAUAAAGGUGUAAAGUAAGCUUACUCCGGUUCAUAUUGUCAGUGACCGUCAAGGGUGGUCAAAGACCGAUCGUGCGCAGUGAAAGAAAAGAGAACGGAACAAAUUAGAAAAAAAGUUUUCUCUAGCAAUUUGUUUCUAUUUUUUAUACAUGACGUAUAUACAUAUUUACACGCAUAUUAACUUUUUUCACGCACGCACAAAGAAUAUAUAUUCGAAAAAUAUUCCUCGCACAACGUAGCGUAACGUAACGCCUACAAAAGAUGAGAAAGAAUCGAAUUCUUGUUCUUCUAGAUCUUAUUUACAAUCGUCCCUUUAUUUUAUUACUUUUUGGAUUCCUUCUCUUCGGCCUUCCUGUAUUUUAGUAGAACCCAACUCCAAGAGUUGGGUCACAAGAGUUAUAAAAUCUGGAAGGUUUCAGGACCGCAGUGAAAAUUCAUCUCAGUCAACGAUUGUGAUUCUAUUCAUUUAGACGCUCUCGAUUCAUCUUUUCUGUUAUAAAUAAAUGGCAUUUAAUGGUAAAUUAUAGUGGGCGUCACAAACAAGUGUCAACUCUUUAAGCGCUUGCUGAUCGUGAUUUUAACAUCAGUGACAUGAUCUCUGGACCUCUCUUAACAACAAAGCAAACUUAAAACACUUCGUGCCGCAAUAUAUCAUCGAUUUCAAGAGGAAAACCAUUAGAUUCGCCAAGACGCUGAUGAUUGAAUUGGCGGAAGAAAUGGACUCGAUAAGCGAAGACACUUUGAUCGCGAGAAUCUUAUCUCAGGACGUGAGUCAACAUUCAGUUCCGUUUUGUGAAGAGAAGCACCGAGAUGGAGAGCAACAGACGAGAGAAAAAAUACAGAUUCGUGGAGUUACCGAUGAUAACAUCGUAAAUUUGGGUAACACGUUCAAUGCUUCUCAAGUUAUCGCGAAUCGCGGUAGAACACGUAACAAUAGCAACGAUCAUCAGAAGACUGAAACUCAAGAAUGUAGCUCGUCAUCAGAAAAAACGCUACGCAGUUCUCGUAACGUAGAAGGUGAGGAACCGAUAAGAUCGACUUCUUAUGUAACAGAUACAUGCGCGGAAAGUUGUUUAGAAUUGUUAAAUGAGAAGGUAGGCGAAAAUAUAACAAUGAUCAUGUCGCAUAAAAUAAAACUAAAUUUACGAUCUAUGGAUAAGGAAAGAAUUAAUCAAGACAAAAAUGUAUCUUUACCAAAUGAAAAAAACAAUCUUAAAAUAAUAUUAAAACGAAUACUAGAAUGUCCAGAUAACAAUCGUCAAUCAAAAAAAACGAAAAGAGACAAAAGUUAUGCGUCGUUCAAUGACAGUAAUGUGGAACCGUUUUCCGAGAACAAAGAAGACAGUAAUAAAGAGGAAACGCAAAAUUGUCAAGCUCAAAAUUGGCGAGUAAUAAAGAAAAAACGCAAAAUUGACAAGCUCUCAUCUAGCGUUUCUCAAAAGAGUGUGGCGAGUACAAUUCCAGCAGCAGCAGCAGCAAAAACCUUAGAGAAUUCUUUGGCGCAUUAUGCUGCAGAUAAUAGUGACAUAGAUAGUACACUAAGUACUGUGGAAGGUAGCGAAGAAACGUCAUUGUUUAUGAAUAAGUCGAUAAUAGAAGAAAAUAUAAGAAACAAAAAUAAGAAAAUAGAUAUUUUUGUAAACGAAGCAGAUCAGAGACACGUGAUACAAAGUUCGCAGAAACAACAAGAGAAUCAAGAACCAUUUAUCGUGGAACACGCUGAUUCAACAAACAACGUGGAGAAGCAAGAUAAUGAAGAAAUAUCAUCAUCAUUUUCAGAAAUGAUACAUGUAGAAGAGAAUGCAAAAAUUAAACAAAACGAAAUUAUUGAAAUUAAUUUUUUAAACGAAAACUCUCGAAGUCAAAAGUCAAGCUCAAAAUCGUCAAAUAUAUCCACAACAGAGUCUUCGUUUGAUGUUCAAGAUAAUGAUCUUAAUAGUUGUGAUAAAUCACAAAUCCAUGAAACAUUGUCAUGUAACAAUACUUUAACAAAAGAUGUGAUGAAAACUGUAAUAGGCGAUCGCUUGCCAACAACAACAAUAUCUCUUUCCAAAUCGAUCUUCCCCGAAAAAUGUUCUUCCCAAAAUAAAUGUGUCGACAACGAAAUAUCCUCCGUAGCGAUAGCAGAUUUGCCAUCAGAUAAUUGUGUUAACGAAUCACCGACCACUGGUGACGGUAAUACUGAAUUAGAGUUACAAAUAAGACCCAAGACGCAUUCUGAAGCGAUUCAGACAUUCUCUGUGAAAGCAUCUUUGGAUUCAUUGAAUACAUGUUUGGACAAAUAUAAGGGCAAUCCUGAGGCUCUUUUAAAACUUUUAAAGUGCAACUCAAUUACAAGUGCGGAACAAUCUGAAAAGCAACAAGACACGCAAAUCACAAGUGAAAAUAGUUCUGAAUCAAUUAAUAAGUGCAAAACAUCCGAUCCGAAGCAACAAUCGGCAGAGAAUCGUCCGAAUGGCAACGAGAAUACAACAGACGAACAGACACUCAAAACAAAGAGUUACGGGAAUAUAAAAGUCCGAUCUUGGGAAGAGCUCAGCUCUCCAAUAUUAUCUUCUACCUCACAAAUAGAAUCUAAUAUAUUUAAUUUAAGAUCCAACUCGCAGGUGCCGAGCCAAGUUACCAACCAAGGUCCGUCGUGUACAGAAUACGAUGGUAUAAUUCCAUGUACUUUACAUUGCAUUAAAAAAAAGUUCGUAGAAGUCAGAAGUGCAAUACAAAAUAUCAUGAUUAGCUUACAUUGUAUUCGCUCCGUUACAUGUCCCACAAUGCAAUAUAGCAUUCUUUCUAAGCAACAAGUGCAAGAGAUGAAAGAUAAUAUGGCGAAAUUAAAUACAAAUAUAAGUAAAUUGAGAAAGUUGCUACACGUAAGAAGUAAUGAGGAUGCAAUUAAGUUUUUUAACGAUUGUACAGGUUUGUCGUAUCUAACGGCCGAGAAAUACAUCGGAUUAGCCAAUUUGAUAGAUGACUACUCUCAGUUCUACAAGUUAGCUAGAGGAACUUAUCUUAAUAUAUCACAUCUUACCAAUAACACUUCUCAUAAUUUUAAUUCUACAUGUAAUAAGACGCAAAUGAGUUCGCAAAGUGCACUCUCAUCUUCAUACGUGUCACCUUCAGACCCUACGAGAACAUCAAAUCACGAUAGAUCACAAUCUUCGACACUGUCAAAUGCCUUUCCGACGAACUCGAAUAUCAGCUACCAACAAUUUUCAACAAAUACCAGAUAUCCAAACCAACAUGCGUCAAGUAGUUAUCAACAACAACAACAACAACAACUUGCAAAUAAUAUUCUACCUUCGUCAUACCUGAACAAAAUAACAUCGCCUUUAGGUGCUCAAAAUGCAAAUCAUGUUUCAUCUCCGCCAUAUUCAGACGGAGUGACAUCGACAUCAAGUGUUCAACGCACGAAUAAUGUUCCACCUUCGUCGUACCCAAACAGGGUAAUAUCGGUGUCAUUUGCUCAACAGGCUCCUAUAAAUUUGAAUAACGUCACGUACACAACGAGUGCGUUUGGAUCGAAUAAUAUUAAUGUGUCUGGAUCCGCAUGUCAAACAAAUGCUUCCUUAAAUAGGGGGAUGCCUCAAACCACAUCGUCUCAAAUCGUACAGCCAGAUAUGCCUGUUGUGAUUCUUCCGACAACGCAGCAAACUGUGCCGCAGCAAAAUGUGGCAAACAUAUCUAUGAAAUAUUUUGUCUUAGCAAACAAACAACAAAACUCAGCAAAUUUAAAUAUUCAGCAGCACAGUUUCGCAAAUCCGUCUGUGCCGCAGCAACAACCAACAAAUUCGUCUAUGUACCAACGAAAUCUGGCCAAUUCGUCUGUGCAGCAUCAGAUUUUAACAAAUCCGUCUUUGCAACAACGAAAUGUAGUACUAAACCCAUCUAUGCAGUAUCAAACCUCAUCGAAUCUUUCUGUACAACAUACACAACAAGAAAGUCACUUAACAAACGCACACGUGCAGCAACUACAGUUACCGAAUUUGUCUGAGUAUCGGCAAAAUCUAGUCAAUUCGUCUAAGCGGCCUCAAACUUUCGCUAAUCUUCCUACGCAGAAAAACGAUGCGGCAAGUUCGCUCAUGCGGAUGCAACAUUUAGCGAACAUAGCUACGUAUAAACAAAACACAGCAAAUCCGUCUGUACUGAGGCAACUUUUAUCAGCAAAUCAAUUGAUAUCGCAGCAAAAUUCACGACAAAACUUGUGCCAUGCGAAUUGCGCGGAAUGUUUGCAAAUUGUAUCGAACAAUUUGCAAAACAUUAGGAAAAAUCAAAACUCCGCACACGUACAUACAUCGACAGGUCGAAGCGAUACGAUCGCUGUAUCGAACAAUUUGCGAAACAUUAGGAAAAAUCAAAACUCCGCACACGUACAUACAUCGACAGGUCGAAGCGAUACGAUAAAUAAUUCAAUGACAAACGCUCCAAACUCCGUGUUUAACAGUACGGUAGAAAUUUCAAAACUUCAGAAUAACAAUAAUACAACAAAUAAAACACGAAAUCAACAAGAUGUGUAUCAAGAAUUUACAAACGCACAACAUUUAUCGCAAGAGUCAUCUACACCAAUCGCGCCACAAACUUCCACGUCGCAUAAUUCAAGACACUUACAAGAUACAACAUGUGAUACACUUUCAGGGAAAGAUCCAAAUAUUACAUUAGAAGAACUUAUUACCUCUAAUAAAUUUUACUUAGAUUUAGACUUUUUAACGGAUAAUGAAAAAUUUGUAUUGUGCAAACAGUUAGGGUCGUAUUGCAAAAUACUUAUGUGGAUACGUAAAAAUGCGUCAAGGAACAUUCCUGAAAAACUCGAGGAAACAAUACAAUGGUCAUUAUUUUUACACAAAUAUAUGCGCCACCGCACAAAUGAGAUUUUGAAAGACUUUUAUUCGGAUAAUCAGUUAGAAAUCUCGCAAGAUAAUUCGACGUCGAUAACGGAGACAAUAUCCGAAGAAAAUAUAGAAGUCUCGACCACGAAACAGCUAUCGGAAACACGCUCAAACGUGCCGGAAGAAGACGAUUCAAUCACAAAUACGUCUUGCAACGAGUCAGGAGCUGAAAAAACGAAAGCUCUUGAUAUGCCAGAAAUUGACAAAGACUUAAACGAGAAUCCAGAAACAGCAAAUAGUAAUGUAAAUAAGAUAGAAAACAUGUGUAAAACAUCGAAGAACGUAGUAAUAAACAUAGAAAAUAAAGAUAACGCACAUUCCUCGUGUAACAACGAAGAUCAAAUUGAGAAAGUAGAUAAUGUUCUCAACGAUGUUCAGAUAACGCACAAUAAUAAUAAUGAAGAAAACAACCAAUUUAAACCUAGAAGCCAAAGUAUCAUAUCGUACGCGCCUCGUAGUUCGACGCCAAUUGCAUCGUCGAAUAAUUUGAAAUUGCCUUCGUUGAACGAAUGCAAAUGCACCAGAAUAUCUCAGACUUGCGUACACUGUAAACAUAUAGUCGAGAUAAUGGGAUUGCAUUUUGAUACGGAAGAAGAUAAUAACGAAAAAGCGUUAGCGGUUGCCAGUUUCCACGAUACCUCUGAUGAAGGAUGUGACUUCGAUCCGGAGAGAUUGGUGAUCGACGAACAGGAUAGCACGAUCACAUGUAACGAGGAAGAUAAUCAUUUAUCAGAUGCGACAUUAUCCCAAUCACGUGUCUUGGAAAACGAUGCGGAAGCAGAUUCGUGUCAAACUACUGCAAAUGAAGCGCAAGAUACAUCAAAUAUUAAUCAAAAAAGUUCGAUACAGUCGGCCGAUACCGACGUGAUCUCAACAGAAGAUGCGAUGAGGAAAAAGGAGAACGUGGACACUCACAGUGGUGUUAAGACUAUUAACAAAAUAUUUGAACGCGUGACCGUGUACAAACGCUACGCAAGUCCGCGAAUUCCCGCGCGUAAGUUAAGAGUCCAGCUCGAAUCCACGAACGUAAAAAGAUACGCUUCCAACGAAGACGAUAGUCUUAGCAGCGAAUGUGCUUCUAACACUGAUUGUAAUACUGCAAUAUUACAAUCCCUAUCUGAUACAGAUAAUCACGAUAAAGAAGACAGCAAAGAUAAUUGCGAAGCAUUCGUUGAAAAGUCGGAUGACAAAACGUGGACUAUUACUAAAGAAGAUAACGACAAAUUAACAACAAAGAACGACACGCACACACCCUAUUUCAAUGAUUACGAGAUGAUCUCUGAUUACGAGGAGGACGCGGUCGUCGUGAAAACUGAAGACGAUGUCACAUUACAAUCUCCAGAUACGAAUGUGAAAGAAGAUACUGAAGAUGCUCUUGACAACGAAUCUGUUCCUAAAAUCGAAAAAAUUAUGACACCGCAACCACCAGUUGCAGAAGAGAAUCAAAAUAAGGAAGAGUACAAGGAUAACUGUAAAGUAUCGAGUGAAGAAUCGAAUGAUGAAGCAUCAAACAAUAUUAAUAAGAAAGAGAAAUAUGAAUCAACUAAAAUUAACUUGCACACAAAUUACAUUACUGAUAACGAGGAAAUUUCUCAUAUUACCGAACACAGGGUUCUUUCUCCUAAGACUGAAGACGAUAUUGAAUUAGAAUUUUCUGAGGAUGCAAUUAUGAAAGAAGAUAUACUCGUCGAAGACGAAUUGAAAAAUGAAAAUGUUCCUGGAGCUGAAAAUGCUCCUGACAAAUAUGUACCUAAUACUGAAGAAAAUGUGACUUUGCAACCUUCAUUUACUGCAGAGAAACAAAUUGAGGAAGAGUGCAGAUAUAACUGCGAACCAUCUGUUGAAGAGUCAGAUGGUGAUAUUAGUAAGAAAGAUAGUGACAAAUUAGUAACGACAAAUGAAAAUCGCACGUCAUGUUCUAAUGAGACAAACGCUGAAGAAGAUGUGACGCUGCUAGAGGAAUUUCAAUUCGAUGAAAAUAAUAUUCUCAGUCCCGAGACAACUUAUCAAAUCGAAGACGCUUUUAACAACAAAUUGGUUAUUGACACCGAGCUUGGUGCAACAUUGCAACUUCGAAUUAGUACGGAGGAUCGAAAUAAAGAAGAGCACAAUAAUGAUGACCAUGACGUAUCGAGUAAUGAACUUUCAAAUAAUUCCGAGGAGAAUAUUAUGAUUUCCGAAUCAGACGUGAGAAAACUUUCGUGCGAUUCUGAACAAAAUGAUGAGGUAGAAAUCUUACCGACUAUUCUCCAAGUACAAAGCAUAUCUGAAUCGAUGUUUAAUGAAAUAGAUAAUAUUAUUUGCGAUAUUGAAAUUGCUCAAAAUAACGCGAAAAAAUUGGAUAGUAAGAAUGAGAUUUCUCAAGUUAACGUAGAAGAAGUCGAUGUGGAAGAAGAAAAUAAAACAGAUUUUUUUACGGGAGAUAAUAACAAUACAAAAAGUGACAACGAACACAUACCGUGCUUGCGUUGCAAACGCACAAGCACGGUAUAUUGCGAAGCGUGUCUGAGCGCUACUUAUUGUUCCAAGCGUUGCGCGAGUUUGCAUUGGAAGUCGAAACAUCAAAAACUAUGCACGCGCAAAUAUGAUCCGUUGUAAGCAAUAUUAUUUAUUGACUUGCACGACAGAUAAGACUAAUAUUUUAUUAACUAACUACGUUACGUUUUUUACAUUCUUUACUAUUUUUUAUAAACAACGAUAAAAAAACAACGAUAACGAAAAAAAAGAACGUGAUACACAUUGUGGUGCAUUGACACACGCGUUAUUUUUUUAUAGCAGUACUUUGCCAACGUGCCGCAGUAUACGUCAUUGAAUACGCGCAAAAAGACUAAAAAAAAAAAAACAUUAAAAACAGUUAAUUAUUAUUGCUAUCAAUAAUAAUCUCUUUUUCUCUCAUUCUCAUGAUUUCUUCUUGCACAUAAACAACUGCGAUCAGGUGAAGAGAAUUCUAAUAAAAAUCAAAAUGUUUACGUAAUGUUUGCUCACUAACAAUAUGUUUAUUAAUAGUAUCCUAUAGAUGUUGGUAAUGUUCAUUCUAAUAGCCUCUCUUCAUUAAGUAUGUUUAAUGUAACACUGAUGCAUAGAUGUAAUUUUGUGUGACAUUCUGUGCAUGUGAUUCUAUAUACUUGUGGAAGUUGUGUGUUGAUGAUGUUAUUACGUAAGAUCUGAAUGAAAUUCCAAAGAUAGAUAAGAGAAAUAAGAUAGAUAAUAUGUUUUGGUUUUAUAACAUGAAAAAGUAGUUUUUAUGUUAUAAAGUUAUUUAUAGUACCUACGUUAUAUACACUAUUAUUUUUUCUACUUAUUAUUUUGUAUAUAAAUUGCCAUUUAGUUGUAAACAUUAUCACUUAUGUUGAGAAUUUUGUACUGUUAAAGAGAAUUUUGUCUGUUAGAAACAUUCUCUGAUAUUUCACUAGAUUAUGAAAAGUUACAAAACUUGUUUUUUUCUUAAAAAAAAAAAAACUAACCGUAUAUUAGAAUAUACGAUUGUAUUUUGCCUAUUAAGGUUUUAUUGUUAUAAGGCUUACAUGUAGUGAAGUCUUCCUGAUUUAUGACGAAAAUAUUUUUAUACGUGAUACUGUGAAUAUCAUUUUUAUAUUUUAAUAAAAAAAAAAACAUGUUUAGUUUGUUUUGUUUGUUAUUUUUUGUUUUAAACCUUUAUAGUGCAGCCACAUUUGUCUUCUAUGAUAAUUAUCAUGUCUACCUUCUCUGUGUAUGUAUGUUCUAUGGGUAUAAGGUACUUUCUAAUAUGUAAGACGAACAACUUUGCUAAAAUAUACAGGCUCCGCGCAAUUUUCAGAGUCCACUUUCUCAUACAGACGGAUUUAGAUUAACUUUGACGAUUCAGAUGGGCCGCAUAUAAGAGAUGACAAAUCGCAAAAUUAUGAUAAUCUCUUAUAUGUCGGUUUUACUUUGAACCGAUUGAAAAUUAAUUUAAUUAAUGUAUAGUGAAAAAUGUCUCACAAAACAAUUCAAUAUGAGUUAGAAUACAUACCAGUAGUGACCACUGUAUGUCAGUGGUUUAUUCUUACCAA